AUGGUGGUUGGUGAUGGUUUUUGUGAGGUUCUCAAAAGCAAGGUUAGUGUCUGGAAUUUGUCACAUGACAACUGGCAUGGUUGCAGUGGCAACAUGCGCAAUGGAUUCAAGACUGAUACUAACUUCAUGAUGAAUUCGACAAUGAUCCCUGAUUUGUUUACUUUAGUGGAUUUUAAUUGUUUUUUGUUUUUUGUUUUGUUUUUCAGUCGGGCAACAGGAGAUGCUGGUUCAGCAGUCAGUUACUUUGAAGAGAGUGUUGAGUUUCUUUCAAAACUGCCCAGAAACGAUCAGGAGAUAACACAUACACUUUCUAUUUCACUUAAUAAAAUUGGAGAUCUUAAAUACUACGAUGGAGACCUGAAAGCUGCGCGGUCUUACUACUUCCAGUCGUUGAAUGUUCGACGUGAUGCUGUCAAGGAUGGUCCAAAUGUUCCAUCCCAGAUUCUGGAUCUAGCUGUUUCGUUUGCAAAAGUUGCAGAUGUUGACAGGAAUCUAGGAGACGAGGAUGUUGCAAUUGAUGAAUUUGAAGAAGGCAUAAAAUUGUUGGAAUCUUUGACGUUAAAAUCUGAAGACACUGGUCUUGAGCAACGGCGGCUUUCAGUGCUGGAGUUCCUUAAGAGUCAAAUUGGGGAGAAGCAAACCUAAUUCAACAUCUGGCAUCAGCUCUUCCCCCAAAAGAGUGAUCUAGUUAAAUAAACUAGCUUUGCUUCUAAUAUCCAAAUGAACUUCUGCUAGGCAAGUAAUAAGUCAUGUUAGCAAGUGAGUCUGAGGGAGAUUGAUUGGUGCAGUGGCAUUCAUGGAGAACGAAGUGCCAGGCGCUGUUUCUCUGUAUUUCUUCUGCAAUUGAUGCCUUCAUAGGCAUAACCACUCAGUUGUAUAUAAAAGUGUCAUCCACUAUAUAAUGCACACGAGCACUUUUUAAUACUCUGCAUUUGUUAUAAAUUUCAUCCCCACUUUUCUCCACACGAUACCGAUAAGAACUAUUUACUGGCAUUCUCAAUACUAUAUUGUUGUAACUUUGUAUAAAUUCAAUAUAUUCAACUAAUAUGAGAACCUCCG